ACAUAACCUAUUAGACAGUUGUUUUGAUCGCUCACGAUUUUGUGAUUGCCGACGACCUUGCGAGAUAUGAACUGUUAUUAUAAAAAUACGCGAUAACGGUGAGAAUGGCUGCGCCUCACCUAGGCGUGAGCGACAUUGUUCACUUGAACGUUGGAGGCACUAGAUUUUCCACAUCUCGCCAAACAUUAACAUGGAUCCAAGAUUCAUUCUUCACAGCAUUGUUAAGUAAUAGAAUUGACAGUCAUAAGGAUGAGACUGGAGCACUUUUUAUAGAUAGAGAUCCAAAAUUGUUCUCUAUUAUAUUGAAUUAUCUUCGUACCAAGGACAUAGAUCUGAAAAAUGUAGACAUUCGAACUUUGAGACAUGAGGCUGAAUACUAUGGCAUUACUCCUCUGGUUAAACGCUUGAUACUCUGUGAAGACUUGACUCAAUCAUCCUGUGGUGAUGUCUUGUUUUAUGGCUACUUACCACCUCCAAGCAUACCGCUUCAAGAACCUGUCGCAGUAACAUCAAAUGUCAGUGAUGUGUCUGUUCAUAUCAGAGUUGGCACUGCAAGCUCUCGAGGCGAUGGACCAUCUACCUCGCAAUCUGUAGUAACCAACAACUCUAUUAAUCAAAAUACUGCUGGUCCACAAAAUCACAAAGGAACAUUGGCUACACACAUAAGGAAUUCAUCAUUAGAUUAUCGAUUGCCACAGCGUGGUUUGCCACAUUCUCGCACACCAUCUCUAGAUCUGAGACACGUUAGGAAUAAUUCAGCUGAUCUGAAUAAAUUAUACAAAAAUGAUAUUGGCCUUGUAUUUGGGCCACAGCAAGUUUCAUCAUGGGUGGAUCCUCUGAGAGUCCAAAUCAUCAAAGCACAUCACAACUGGAUAGUGAUUGCCUAUGCACAUUUUAUAACAUGUUAUCGGUUAAAGGACUCCUCCGGAUGGCAACACGUGUUCACUAGUCCACACAUAGAGUGUAUAAUAGAACGCGUGGCGAUAAAUGCAAAGAUGGGCAGUGGCGCGGACAGCAAAAUGGUCGCCAUUUCCUACGGUAGCCAAGUGAGACUUUGGGGUGUGUCCGAAGAAGGAAUCAAGAUCAACGUAGGUAUAUUCAACCUGAACGUACGGGUGGAAUACUUGUUCUUCAUCGGUAGUCAAUUGGUCGCGUUGUCGCCGACUGGAAAAAUCGGCGUAUGGCAUGCAAUGACUCAUCACUGGCAGAUACAGGAUGUAGUGCCAAUUUUGUCUUUUGACACGGCUGGAUCCUUCUUGCUGUUAGGUUGCAAUAAUGGAUCAAUUUAUUAUAUUGAUAUGCAAAAAUUUCCUUUGCGAAUGAAGGAUAACGACCUGCUUGUGACCGAGUUAUAUCGAGAUCCGAGUUAUGAUCCCAUAACUGCGAUUUCUGUAUACUUGACGCCGAAAACGACACAAGGCCUUUGUGGAAAUUGGAUAGAAAUUGCCUAUGGCACAAAAUCUGGGAGUGUUCGAGUGAUCGUACAACAUCCCGAAACUGUUGGCCACGGUCCACAGCUAUUUCAAACUUUCACGGUACAUCAAAGCAGUGUAACCAAGGUAACACUCUCAGAGAAAUACUUAGUGUCGGUCUGUUCAGAGUAUAACCACGUCAGAAGUUGGGCGGUGACUAGAUUUCGCGGAAUGAUUUCGACUCAGCCAGGAUCAAUGCCUGAGGCAAGCUUCAAAAUCGUUUCCUUGGAAGCAAUCGAUCCUUGCGUCAGCUACAAUGCUGGCAAUGAUUUCGGACCAUUUGGCGAGCAAGAUGACGAGCAAGUAUUCGUCCAAAAAGUUGUACCUGAAACCGAUCAAUUGUUCGUGCGAUUGGCAUCGAACGGAAAAAGAGUUUGCGUGAUACAAUCGGUGGACGGCAGCAUCAUAAGCUCAUUCUACGUGCACGAGUGUGAAGGUUCUAGUCGCAUGGGCUCAAGGCCCAGACGCUUCAUAUUUACUGGCCAUUCUAACGGCACUAUACAAAUGUGGGAUCUCACAACGGCAUUGGAUCCGUCUUUCAAUGCCACUCAAGAUAUCUCUGGUGGACCUACUCCAGAAGAGCUCUGGAAGUUAUUGGAUCAAUGUGACCUGAGUAACAGCCAUUGUUCGACACCUUGCAUUAGUCCGUCGCCUUCGUUGAUCGCAGCCGGACCCAGGAUUAAGUCGAGCAACGUGUUAUUUCUUAAUCAAUCGCAAAAUCCGGACGCAACGCCUGGACCAAGCCAAACCUAAGGACACACCUAAUCGAGGUAUGUUGUGCCGGAAAACGUGCCGCAAAGCAUACAGCCAAAAUCUGCAUUUAUUUAAUUAUUUAUUAAAACACUAUAAAACGUCGAAAAUGAAGUUUGUAGUCAUAGUUCCUAAAUUAACGUCUUUGCAUUUACAUGUAAAGAGACGUUUUGCUCUACUCUCUAUUUAUAUAUUUAAAGAGUUGCAAUCCACAAAAGUAUUAUAAUAUAAAGAACAUGACUGCAUUAUAAAUUAUUCUAUAAUCAUAUAAUUGUAAAUUAUAGCCGUUAUUAAUGUUGUGAUCGUUAUUUUAAUAGUACAUUUGCUGUUCAAUUGUUUUGUUACAUUCAAUUGUUUUUGAGGAACUAUGAUUAUAUCGCUCUUAUUUUUGGGAAAAUAAUGAACAAAUUAUGAAUUUUUAUUUAUCGUUAUUUAUGUCAAUGUAAUGAAAUUUUUUGA